UAUCGCCCCUGUCACUCAACGCUAGGGCUGAUGGACGUGGGUACCCGGUAAUUGCUCCAUAGUGUGAGUGGGCGGGCUGGUGCAGGACAGUGACUAUUGCUCAAAGACAGACAGGAGGAAAGAGAGACAUUUAAAGAGAUUGUUACAAAAGAAGAAACAGGAAAGGAGCAGUCUGCCCACAUUUUGUCCGCCGUGCUUAAGUGCUAGUGGCGCGCAGAACAAGACCGGGAUUGGUGUGUGGGUGGAUCGCAGUGCCUUGCCCCAGCCAAUCCAGAUGCGCCGGGGGUGGGCUCGCUUCUCACUUGUCAGCCCCGCGUCUGCGCGGGGGUUUCGUUCCACAGCAGCUGUUUGCGCGGGUUGCUCCUGCUGGCGCCAUGGUUUCGGGACUAAUCGAACGCCUCGCCCUUCGCCUGGGCCUCACCGACCCCAGUGUGAUGAGGAAAGCAGAGGAGUACUUGCGGCUGUCUCAGGUGAAGUGUACUGGUCUAUCUGCACAUACCACAGAAACUAGCAAUGCCAUCAUGUGCUUGGACCUUGCAGCUGCCUGUAUGAAGUGCCCCUUGGACAAGGCUUAUUUAAUUAAGCUUUCUGGAUUGAACAAGAAGAUGUAUCAGAGCUGUCUUAAAUCUUUUGAAUGUUUGCUGGACAUGAAUUCAAAUAUUGGAAUAAAAGACCUAGCUGUACAAUUUAGUUGUACAGAAGCAGUCAACAUGGCUUCAAAGAUACUGCAAAGCUAUGAGUCCAGUCUUCACCAGACACCGCAAGUAGAUCUUGACUUAUCCAGGCCACUUUUCACCACUGCUGCACUACUUUCAGCAUGCAGGAUUCUAAAGGUAAAAGUGGAUAAAAACAAAAUGGUAGCAAUGGCCGGUGUAAAGAAAGCCAUAUUUGAUCGACUUUGUAAGCAACUGGAGAAGAUUGGACAGCAGAUUGACAAAGAAUUUAGAGAUUUAGCUAGUCCUCCACAGAAGAAAAAGAAGACAGUGGUUGAAUCGUUGGCAAAGGAAAUAAAGGAAGUAGAAGAAAUCCCACAUAAGUCACAGAAAGAUGAAGAUGUAACACAGGAUUAUGAAGAAUGGAAAAGGAAAAUUUUGGAAAAUGCUGCCAGUGCUCAAAAGACUAUAGCAGAGUGAUUUUAGUUUCCAGCCUGGGAUGUGCUACAGACCCCUAUAGUUUACUGCCACCUCCAGGAAUAAGCCAUUAUUAGAUCUGAGUUAGGGGCGGUGGG